AUGUUUCGAGAAACGAUCAGUAAACGUCCACCAGCUCUGAGUUUCGAAUGCCUUGCUGCCGAUUCCCUCAAACCAAAGGACGGAACAGCAGUCGUAGCGCGUGACAUGAGACUGGAUCCAUUCUCAGAUGCCCUGCGUGAAAAACACUCCAAAUUUUUGGCCAAGAAAUCUUCUGUCCUUGGUUUACCAAUUGAUGGAAAAUCCGAUAAUCGGACUUUCUCCUUAUUGAAAUCUAUUCACCGCUAUUUGGGUUUACACCGAACUGACACCGCAUGGGUGUUGCGAGAGUGGAUUCCGAAUGUCAAAGGAGUUUAUAUGAUGGGGGACUUCAAUCAAUGGGAUCGACAUUCUCACCCACUCACAAAACUGCCGGUAGAACAAUUUGGUGAGGACGUUUGGAGUAUCACCUUGGAACAUGGGAGCAACCGUGAGGAAGUUCUGAGACACAAGAUGAAGUAUAAACUGCAUAUCGUAACGCACAGCGAUCAAGAGAUUGAUCGAGUGCCUCCAUCAGCGUCGGUCGUUUGGAAAUCUGAGGACGGCAAUGAGGUCUACGAUGCUGCUGUAUGGCACCCUCCCAAAACGGAGUGCCAUGAGUUUCAGCAUGCAGCACCAUCACGCCCAGAACGACCUAAGAUUUACGAAGCUUACGUGGGAUUUUCGUCGCACCAAAUGCGAUUCGGAACAUACAAUGAGUUUCGAACGGAUGUCCUCCCUCGAAUUCAUCGCUUGGGAUACAACGCGCUGGUUCUCGUUGGAGUCCCUGAGCACUCGUUGACGUCAGUCGGUUGGGAAGUGACCAAUUUCCUCGCCCCUGCCUCUUCAUUUGGGACGCCAGAGGAGCUGAAGGCCCUAAUUGAUGAAGCGCACAAGUUUGGAAUUUACGUGAUUCUUUCGAUUAUCCAUAGUCAUUCAUCGGCAUCAACUGCAGCAGGGUUGAACGAGAUCGAAGGAGGCGAUGGAGGAUUUUUCAAGAGUGGGACAUCUGGGACUCAUCCACAGUGGAACUGUAGACUGUUCGACUAUUCGAAGCCAGAAGUGUGUCGAUUCUUAAUGUCCCAAUUAAGUUGUUUCAUGGAUUUAUACAAAAUUGAUGGAUUCCGGUUUGAAGGGUUGACGUCGAUGUUGUAUCAUCAUCACGGUGUUGGUCGAGACUUCCGCGAUUAUAAUGAUCUAGGAAGAUAUUUUUCAUUUGAAGUCAAUGAUGAAGCAUCAGCGUAUUUGAUGCUUGUCAACGAUUUUAUUCAUUCAAUUUCACCUAAAAAGAAUCAUGUGUUGACAAUUGGGACAGACCACUCGCGCAUGCCAAUUCUAGCGCAUGAUUUGUCCGAGGGAGGAUUGGGUUUCGAUUACCGCAUGGCACCGCACAUCGCUGAUGAGUGGAUCCGACAACUUUGUCAUAGCGAUGACAUCUUUAUAGAAAUGUCUUCAAUCGUCAAUACCCUCGAGAUUCGGUCACCAUUAGAGAAAACGAUAGCGGCAUCAGAAACCCUAGCCAACUCCUUACGUUCUCGCCGCACACUUAAAGUCGCAAUGUUCGCCUGGGAAUCUCUUCACACGCACGCUGUCGGAGGCGUCGCACCUCACGUGACGGAACUCGCUGCUGGUCUCGCGCGACUCG